UGUCAAAACAUAAAUCGCCGUAUGUAUACACUAACCUCAAAAACAUUGAAUGUUUUUUAAAUUGGUUUUAAAACAAUUAAUUACUUAUAAAACUGUUACGAUGAGUAUUUUUACGCAACGCCUCAACCCCAUUACGGGCCAAAUGGCCUGGGAAAUACAAAGUGAGAAUUACAAUUUUCAUCAAGAAGUCGCGAGAGCUGCUUAUGCUGAUAUGUUACACGAUUAUGAGCGAAACGAAAAGUAUGAAGCAGCUUUGAAAGUGGCGAUUGAUCGAAUGCAUUCGCAAGGAAAGAAAGCGAACGUUUUAGAUAUAGGAACGGGAACAGGUUUGUUAUCUAUGAUGGCUGUAAGACAUGGAGCCGAUAGUGUUGUUGCUUGUGAAGCUUUUAACCCAAUGGGGGAGUGUGCUAAGAAGGUAAUUGAUGAGAAUGGGUUCAGUGGCAAAAUAAAAGUUAUUCCAAAACGAUCCACCGAUAUUAAAAUUGGGGUUGAUAUGGAUUUUAAGGCGAAUAUUUUGGUUACUGAAGUAUUUGAUACUGAAUUAAUAGGAGAGGGUGCUUUUGGUACCUUCAAAAAUGCUCACAAUGAUUUAUUAGAAAAAGAUUGUAUUGUUAUUCCACAUAAUGCUACAAUGUAUGUUCAAGUUGUUGAAAGUCCUUUUAUUAAUAAUUGGAACCGAUUAAAAGAUGUUUAUGAUGAGGAAGGUGUUUUAUUGUUAACUGUACCUGAAACUGUUAAGAAUUGUAAAGGAACAGCUGCUGUACAUGAUUUACAAUUAAAUAACAUCGAUAAAAAUUAUUUUAACACCAUAAUAUCACCAAAACCUAUCUUUAAAUUUGAUUGGUCUGGAAAAUCACCCUUUAUUUUUGAUCGAAGCAAUGUACAAACGUUCCAAGCUGAACGAGAUGGGAUAGCUCACGCCGUAUUUAUGUGGUGGGAAUUAGACAUGGAUAUUGAUGACAAAAUCAAGUUAUCUUGCGCCCCAUACUGGGUGCAUCCACUUGGUGAUAAAGCACCAUGGAGAGAUCAUUGGAUGCAAGCUAUUUAUUACUUCCCAUCCAACUUAAAAGUUUGGAAAGGCGAAGAUUUACAGUUAAUUAGUUGCCAUGAUGAAUACUCAUUAUGGUUUAAUAUAAAAAAAGAUAACAUAACCGAAACAGAUUACCAAAAACCUCUCUGUGAUUGUAGUUUACACGAUUUUUAUUCUCGCACUAGAAUCGGUCAAAUGAACGAUCCAAGUCGCACAAAAAAGUUCGCCUCACUAUUUCAAAAACACAUCACCAAAGAAAGCGUCGUUCUCGUUUUAAGUAACGGUUUUUAUCAAGCUUUAGCAGCCGCCAAAUUGGGCGCGAAAAAUGUUGUUUUCGUCGAACCGAAUUGGUCCAGAAACGGAUCGAAUUGGAUUAGUUUGAUAAAAAGUUUUAUUGAAUGCAACGAUUUAAAAAAUAUUGAAAUACUUCCUAAUGCUGAAUUAAAAUCACGGACUGAUAUUAAAUUUAAUUUGAUCGUUGGUGAGCCUUAUUUUAUAUCGGCUAUCGUUCCUUGGGACAAUCUUCAGUUUGCUUAUCAAUUGGGAGAGUAUAAAGAGAUGUUUAGCGAGGAUGUUAAAGUAUUUCCUAGUAAGGCUAUUAUUAGAGGUGUUGCUGUUGAAUUUGAACAUUUGUAUAAGAUUAGAUCACCUUUGGGAACGUGUGAAGGAUUUAAAAUGGACAGUUUUGAUUGUUUAAUACAGCAUUCAUCAUCAAUAGCUGAUGAUGUCGUGGACGCUGAACCUUUAUGGGAAUAUAAGGGAAAAGCGAUGUCGGAAAUUGUGGAUAUUGCAACAUUGGACAUUCCAAAUUUGUGCGCGCAAGAAGUUGCCACGUCAGGUUCAUUUAAUUUAACGGGAAGUGGGGAAUGUAACGGUUUGGCUCUUUGGGUGGAUUGGAUCUUUGACGAAGAAGAAAAUAUAAAAAUAUCAUCGGGACCAACGGAAACUGUUUAUGUUAAUACUGAAAUACAAUGGAACAUUCAUGUUAGGCAGGGGGUUCAUUUAAUGCGCGGAAAAAAAUGUCCCGGAAAUAUAGGUUAUUCGUUUAAAUUCGAUAAUAAAUUGGGGGUUAUUAAGUUUAAGACGCAACUUUGAAUUAGUAUAUUUAAAGUUAUAAAUUGUAUUAUUUUGUAAACUAAUAAUAAACAUUUAUAUUGAUUCAUUAAAAAUUUUG